UCCGUCCACUCAUUUGAGCAAAGUCCGCACAGUAAAUAACAUCCGGGUUGUGCCCUCAGUUACUGGCAGAAUAUUUUUGUCGUACAACGGUUUGUUGAAUAUUAAUUCGUAUUACUGUUAAUUAUAGAACCACGACAAAAACGCAAAUAUUUUUUCAUUUAGCUUACCAGACCGCAGCACAUAAAGGUAUACUUCGUAGCUGACGAAGAAGAGGACAAGUCCAGACACUGAUGUGAGGGCUCCCCCGGUGGCGGCCAUGAGUAACAGCCAUCCUUUGCGGCCGCUGGCCUCCGUGUCGGAGAUCGACCACGUGCACCUCCUGUCCGAGCAGCUGGGGGCGCUGGUGCCCGGGGAGGCCUACAGCGACGUCACCUUCAUCGUGGAGGAGAAGCGCUUCCCCGCGCACAGGGUCAUCCUGGCCGCUCGCUGCCACUACUUCAGCGCUGUAUCCCGGCUCACGCCCCGGCGGGCAAACCCCGCCCGGCUGCAGUUCGGCUCAUCGGCCCUGCUGACGGUGGUCCGGAGGGACUCGUUCGCCGCCACUGAGAAGGAGAUCUUCCAGGCCCUGUGCCGCUGGUGCCGGCACAACGGGGACGCCGGGGCGCAGGAAGUGAUGCAGCCGGUGCGGCUGCCCCUCAUGAGCCUGACGGAGAUGCUGAACGUGGUCCGCCUCGGCCUGAUCACCCCCGACGACCUGCUGGACGCCAUCAAGACCCGGACGGAGAGCCGCGACAUGGAGCUCAACUACCGCGGCAUGCUGAUCCCGGAGGAGAACAUCGCCACGAUGAAGCACGGCGCCCAGGUGGUGAAGGGCGAGCUGAAGUCGGCCCUCCUGGACGGGGACACGCAGAACUACGACCUGGACCACGGGUUCUCCCGGCACCCCAUCGAGGAGGACGGCCGCUGCGGCAUCCAGGUCAAACUGGGCCAGCCCUCCAUCAUCAACCACGUCCGGCUGCUACUGUGGGAUCGGGACAGCCGUUCGUACUCGUAUUAUAUUGAGGUGUCCAUGGAUGAGCUGGACUGGGUGCGUGUGGUGGACCACUCCAAGUACCUGUGUCGCUCCUGGCAGAACCUGUACUUCCCACCGCGAGUGUGCAGAUACGUGCGCAUUGUGGGGACGCACAACACCGUCAACAAAGUGUUCCACCUGGUGGCCUUCGAGUGCAUGUUCACCAACAGCACCUUCACUCUGGAGAAGGGGCUUCUGGUGCCCGGGGAGAACGUGGCCACCGUGGCCGCCUGUGCCAGCGUGAUCGAGGGGGUGAGCCGGAGCAGGAACGCCCUGCUGAACGGAGACACCCGGAACUACGACUGGGACUCGGGGUACACCUGCCACCAGCUGGGCUCUGGAGCCAUCGUGAUCCAGCUCGCCCAGCCCUACAUGCUGGGCUCCCUCAGGUUACUCUUGUGGGACUGCGAUGACCGUAGUUACAGUUACUAUGUGGAACUCUCCACCAAUCAGCAGCAGUGGCUGAAAGUGAUAGACCGGUCUAAAGUGGGCUGCAGGUCCUGGCAGACUCUGACAUUCGACAGACAGCCAGCAGCCUUCAUUCGCAUUGUAGGAACUCACAACACAGCCAAUGAGGUCUUCCACUGCGUCCAUUUUGAAUGUCCGGCCCAGCUGGACGUUGAGGUGAAGGAGGGCAGCCCGGGGCAGGGCUCGUCCGAAUCAAACUCCAUCUCCCAGCAGCCUCAGCUGCCCCGCCCCCCACGGCCCUCGCGCUCCCAGAGCCUGCUCUCCUCCCAGCCCUCGUCCAGCCAGAACCAGGCCUCCUCCUCCUCCUCUUCCUCCUCCUCCCCCUCCCGCUCCCAGCAAUGAAGGACCCUGGCAGAUAAUAGCCCCUUCCCUGUGCCCAGGGGCUCAGUAACCUCCCCCCACCCCCUCCUCCCUCCCCCAUCCAACCCCCGAAAUCUGAUUGCACAGGCUUGUCUCUGCAGGGCACCCUACCUACCAUGCUGCUACGCACGUUAUUAUAAAACAGCCCCCUUAUGAAGUUAACCUGUGGCACCACACACAGAUAGGAAGAGCAGUGAGACGGGGGGUGUAUUGGCAGUCUCACUCAACUGACAGGGUCCUGCUCAGAUCAGGCUUUCGCUUUUUGUUUUGGGCUCAAAAAUUAAGAAAAGAAGAAGAAGAAGAAAUUAAGGACAGGAGGUAAAUAAGGAUGGGUAUUCAGCUGAGAGUGUGUUGAUAUUCGGUGAAAAUGAAAAUGAAGUUGGGCGCAGUGCUCAGUCUGAAUCUGUCCCAUCAGCCCCCACUGCCUGGAGCUGUGCUGACCAGGGAGGGGGGUGUGGCCGCCCCACUCCCAUACGCAUGUCAUCAGCACUUUGGAAAUAAGCACUGCUGUAUCGAUCUAUUGAUCCGGCUCGAUUGUGCUGUUCGAGAAACUGAGGGCACUAGAAGAUAUUUUAUUUAAUUUAUUUUUUUACCCAAAGAAGGUGUGAUGGCGUGCUCUCCGUUUUGCACGGGUAAAAAGCAUUUUGUAUAGAUGGAAAUUGAGAAAAAGAAUUGAAACAAAAAAUGGUUUCAGCGUUUGAGAUUAUAUACAGCACUUUAACUGAUUAUCGGGGGGGGGGGGGGUGUACCAAAUUCGACCAAAGGAAUGUAUAACUUUAUUGGGCUUCCUGCCGUGCUUCUCUAUGAAAGAAUUGAUUAAUUUGGGGCAGGAGAUAUCGAGGCCAUGCGCUUCAUAGGAAUAGUUUGAUCUUGUGCCCCCCCUCCCUCACCCUCACCGUCACCCCUACCCCUACAACUUUCCAUCACCCCUACUCCUACCCCACCACACACUUUUACACUUAAUUUAUUGUGCAAUUACCGAGGUGGCCACGCCGAUAUUAUGUCUGCUCACCCAAGGCGACGCCAUUUUGUUUGCUUGAAGUGUGUGCUCUUCUGUGUUCUAUGAAGGAAUGCGGCUAAGCCAGCCCAGUCGUUUAUACGCUCCCCAAUGUCUGCAUGGUUUUUUUCUUUUCUUUUUUUUACGGGACGGAUUCUCUUCCCUUUAUCUGAAGAGGUAAACUCACCCUUUGCUUCUCUCUCUCAGUCCGUCUCAUCCCUUAAUCUUCCCCUUUUUACUGUUCUCUCUCUCUCUCUCUCUCCGCUACCCCGUCUUCCCUCUCUUCUGUGCCUUCCUCUCCUUCUCAUCCCUCCGUCCGUCCCGCCUCCGCUGGAAACCGAUCUCAGAUUUAAAGCGAUAAAUCUCCCUGACUUGGCAAUGCAAGAUUUGGCUGUCUUUGACAGAACAUUUUGCGAGAAAGUACAGAGAAAGUUGAAGAUGACAGGAUAAAUAACAGGAUGACGUGCUGAAUGAAAGUAGCGGUUAUCCCCUCUCCUCUCUCCUAUAUAUUCUUCUAGCACUGAAUGCUCCUCAGAGUUUAUUAUUUGUGUAGUUGUGAUUUUUAAUUUAAAGACGAAUAUAUGGAUAAUUCUGAUAUGCAUAUUGUUGUUACUCCUAAGGAACGCCUGAUUAUUAUAUACAUAUUAUUAAAGUCCCUGUUAUUUCGUAUCUCAUCGAAUUGUGAAUUUUGAAUCACAGCCGUCUUUAGAUACAGGUGCUUGGUUUUGUACAGUAUUGUGCUGAUGGUACCAGUGCAUGCUGGGAUAUAUACAGGGAAGUCAGAGGUGUGCCAGGGUUACCUGCCACUACUAUGUACAGUGCAAAAAGAGGGGUUCUGCAUCUUACUGCGGAUAACCCGUACCACAUCCCACCCAUUUCAGUGUGUUACCUGUUGUCUUACCCAGGUUGUAAACUUGAAUAAAAACGAGAAUGAAUAAC